UUCCUGAAACCGGAUCUUGGUGUCAGAGCCGCCCAUGGGCCGGGGCGGGCGCCUCAGCCAUGGCCCUGCGCAAGGAGCUGCUCAAGUCCAUCUGGUACGCCUUCACCGCACUGGACGUGGAAAAGAGUGGCAAGGUCUCCAAAUCCCAGCUCAAGGUGCUGUCCCACAACCUGUACACGGUCCUGCACAUUCCCCAUGACCCCGUCGCCCUGGAGGAGCACUUCCGAGAUGACGAUGAUGGGCCCGUGUCCAGCCAAGGUUACAUGCCCUACCUCAACAAGUACAUUCUGGACAAGGUGGAGGAAGGAGCUUUUGUUAAAGAGCACUUUGAUGAGCUGUGUUGGACACUGACGGCCAAGAAGAACUAUCAAGCAGACAGCAACGGGAAUGAUCUGCUCUCCAAUCAGGAUGCCUUCCGCCUCUGGUGCCUCUUCAACUUCCUCUCUGAGGACAAGUACCCCUUGAUCAUGGUUCCUGAUGAGGUAGAAUACCUGCUGAAGAAGUUGCUCAGCAGCAUGAGCUUGGAGAUGGGCCUGGGCGAGCUGGAGGAACUGUUGGCCCAGGAGGCCCAAGCAGCCCAGAACUCCGGGGGGCUCAGCGUCUGGCAGUUCCUAGAGCUCUUCAACUCUGGCCGCUGCCUGCGGGGCGUGGGACGGGACACCCUCAGCAUGGCCAUCCAUGAAGUCUACCAAGAACUCAUCCAAGAUGUCCUGAAACAGGGCUAUCUGUGGAAGAGAGGGCACCUGAGGAGGAACUGGGCAGAACGCUGGUUCCAGCUGCAGCCCAGCUGCCUCUGCUACUUUGGGAGUGAAGAGUGCAAGGAGAAGAGAGGCACCAUCCCACUAGAUGCUCAGUGCUGUGUGGAGGUGCUGCCGGACCGCGAAGGAAAGCGCUGCAUGUUUUGCGUGAAGACUGCCAGCCGCACUUACGAGAUGAGCGCUUCCGACACGCGCCAGCGCCAGGAGUGGACGGCGGCCAUCCAGACCGCCAUUCGGCUGCAGGCGGAGGGAAAGACGUCGCUGCACAAGGACCUGAAACAGAAGCGGCGUGAACAGCGGGAGCAACGGGAGCGGCGUCGGGCGGCCAAGGAGGAGGAGCUUCUGCGGCUGCAGCAGCUGCAGGAAGAGAAGGAGCGGAAGCUGCAGGAGCUGGAGCUGCUGCAGGAGGCCCAGAGGCAGGCCGAGCGGCUGCUGCAGGAGGAGGAGGAGCACCGCCGCAUCCAGCACCGCGAGCUGCAGCAGGCUCUGGAGGGCCAGCUGCGUGAGGCGGAGCAGGCCCGGGCCUCCAUGCAGGCGGAGAUGGAGCUGAAGAAGGAAGAGGCGGCCCGGCAGCGGCAGCGCAUAGCAGAGCUGGAGGAGAUGCAGGAGCGGUUGAAGGAGGCGCUGCACCUGGAGGUGAAAGCCAGGCAGGAUGAGGAGGCGGUGCGCCUCGCCCAGACCAGGCUGCUGGAGGAGGAGGAGGAGAAGCUGAAGCAGCUGAUGCAGCUGAAGGAGGAGCAGGAACGCUACAUCGAGCGCGCGCAGCAGGAGAAGCAGGAGCUGGAGCAGGAGAUGGCACUGCAGAGCCGCUCCCUACAGCAGGCCCAGCAGCAGCUGGAGGAGGUGCGGCAGAACCGGCAGAGAGCAGACGAGGACGUGGAGGCUGCCCAGAGGAAGUUGCGCCAGGCCAGCACCAAUGUGAAACACUGGAAUGUCCAGAUGAACAGGCUCAUGCAUCCGAUUGAGCCAGGAGAUAAGCGUCCUACCACCAGCAGCUCCUUCACCGGCUUCCAGCCCCCUCUUCUUGCCCGCCGGGAUUCCUCCCUAAAGCGCCUGACCCGCUGGGGGUCCCAAGACAACAGAACCCUCUCAGCCAACAGCAGUGAACAGAAAUCUCUCAAUGGCAGGGAUGAGACUCCGGGCUCGGCUCCCACCUCUCAGGAAGAUAAACUGGACACAGCACCAGAAAAUUAGCCUCUCCCUACCCCUUGUUCUUCCAACACGGGGGCUAGCAGGACCCGGCCACAGCUGGCCUGUGGGUGGGUGAAGCUGACCUCUGCUAGGAGAGGGAGCUAAGGUCCUGGGGCCAGGGACCCAGGUCCACCCACCCUAAGCUGGUCCAGAAUGGGAUUUGGUUCAUCUUUUUUCACUGGGCCCAGACCAUGGAGAUUGUCUAGGCUGUUAAUACUUGAGAAUUUGGAGCUGUGCUUCAGCCCCAGGGACCCUGUGACCAGACCUAGGAAAGCAAGCAAGAUAAAGGCCAUUUGCUCCCCAGACUACCACCAAGUUCUGGAGUCGUAUUUCCAAAUAAAACCUCUGUUAGAAUGAAUGAGUGGCAAGUCUGCCCUCCUCUCCUGCCCUUUCCUCCUUCCUACCUACUGUCCCUCAAGUUCAAGUUCUAGAUCCCAAAGGCAGCCAGUGCGGUGAGGCGAUGAGGAACUUGGACUGUGGGGCUGAACCCAGCUCUGCCACUUACUAACCAAAAGACUUCAGUCAAGUUUGAUCACCACUCUGCACUUCACUCCCUACAUUGGUCGAUGGACAUGUUCAUAGUGCCUGUUGUAGAGGGUGUGUGUGGGCCCAGUGUUUGGACAGGUGCUGCCCCUCCUUUGCGUCAGAUGUGUUGAGCAUCUAUUCUCUGCCCAGAGGCUGUUUCAU